CGAACUAUCAUCGUUUUUUAUUUCCGGGGUCUUUUCCCAUUGUCUGUCAAACUGCUUUAAUAAAGUUUUAAAAAGAGAAAAAUGGACUCGGCAACAGUGGAUUAUUUUUCCUCUAUUAAUCCCCUGACAAAGCGGGUCGUGAGUGAUGUUUUGCUGGUGGAGGAACUGCUUGGGGAUAGAUGGAGAGCAAUGAACCUGAUGGAAAAAGAAACCACACUAGACGAUUACUUUGUCAAACCAGACGUCAGGAGAGUGUACCAAGAUGUUGACAAGACAGAAGAUUACCCACAGAGUUUUCCACGAUUGGCAAUAUCGUCUGGAGAGAAAAUAAUAGUUGAUGAGAACAAUGAUUUUUGGACAUGGCAAGAUGAGCAUUCUGCACCUUUUUCAUGGCGAUCUAAGAGUCAAGAGGAUUUAACUUUAGCAGACUUGGAACCUGAAGAGUUGGCAAAACCUUCAAAAACAGCCAAAUCAAAAAAGCAAGAGUCAAAUUCAUCUGUAAAACCAACUGAGAGGCAAUUCAAAUAUACGAAUGAAAGCUUGUGGAAUAGUACAUUCCCAGAAAAGCUGAAAGAAAGGAAUUCAAUAAGACGUACAGAUAUCAACACACUAGAGGGCAUGAAAGACUCUGAGAGAAGAAGUCAGAGCCCUGAGGCCAUUAACUAUGCCUUCAAAGGCAGCAAUGGGGACCUCUCUGGCCCUCCUCCUGAAAAGCAACCUAAUGGUACCCUUCAAGACUCACCUAAGAAAACAUCACCAGCAAAGUCAGAAAGUAAAAAUUCAAAGUUACAUCUGUCUUCCUCAUUCUCCAGAAAAAAUCAGCAGGACUGUGAAUUCCUAGUAAAUAAGAGAAAAGAAUCUUUGCCUAAAUCUAUGUCCAACUCAAGGGAAUUCAAUGAUGUGGAACUGAAUGCCUUUGACAACCCUGCCAUGGCAGUGGGUGUGGCACUAAUUAACCAGGAAGAGGACAGUUCCAGCAGCUCCAACUCCUCCCCUGCCCACAAACCCCUGCUAAAGGAACCAAUCAGACAAAUUAUGGAGAGAGAGGAAAUGACUUUACCACAGCCCUCUUUUACUGAGGAGGAUGGGUAUAGGACUGCUGAACUCAAACCAGUAGACAACACACCCUCAGAGGCAUUAAAUGACUCCUCUAUACCAAUGACUGGGUUUGACUUCUUGGAUCAGUGGUGAGAAAUAUAAUUCAGGAAAACAGAAAGAUUUCAAAGCUGUACAGAAUGCAGCAAACAGAAAAAAACACUGUCACAUGGAUACAAUAUUAUACAUCAGUGCGUAAAUUGUAAAACAUGCAUAAGAGUAGCAUACUGCAUUGUGUAAUUUCCACUUGAUCAUUUAAUUAUGAUUUUGUUUACUUUCUUUAUAACAUAUUACAUAUAUGUAGAGAGAGAGAGAGAGAGAAUUCAGAGCAAUACAUGUACUACAUGUAUAACCAUUGUACACUGCCUACUUUUAUUACAUAAACAUUUUAUUUUCUAUAACAUAUGAUAUUUGAUGUUCAUUGAGAGGACUGCUGCAACAGGUUGUGUAUUGUGCAAUAUGAACCGUUACAUCAUGUAUAUAUGUAGUUAUAAAUGUCAUAUUAAAGUAUUUUUUAUGUAACAACCCAUGUGUAUGUGAAACUUUGGAGGUUGUUUCGUCUGAAAUUGUUAUCUGUCAACAUGUUUAUUUUUUUCCCUUUUAAGGUAUUUCACGUCUAUUUGAUGGUUGUACUUAGUAAUUUAUUUAUUAUUAGUGCAAUUUGUGGCACACACACUGAGCAUCUUGAUUCCUACAGUAUUUCACUGAUAAUUUUAAAACAUUCAUUGAUAAAGAUUAUGUAUAUGCCUGAUUACAUAUUGAAUAACUGGUAUAUUUACUUUUUUCUAAAUCUUUUAACAUUUGCGAUACUGGUAAUCCCUGUAUUAUUAUGUUGUUUUUUUUUAAGUAUUAAACAUCACUCUUAUUUUAUGAUAUCUUAUUUUUCAUGGAAUAAAGUAGUGUUUGAUUAGA